CAUUGGCAGUAAUAAUAUGAUUCUCCUUUGAAGUUAAACACUUAUUUUAUAUCUAUUGUUGAUUUAUUUUAUUUGUUUGUUUUUAUUCUUAUUGUUGUUUAUAUCAUGCAUUUGUUUAUUAUUAAUUUUUGUUUUUGACUUGGAUUAUAAAAAUCUUUUGGUUGAAAUAUCAGUAUGGCAACUUUAGGACAAUUAAAACGAAGCAGUAUCCAUAUCCAACAUGCUGUAAAAGAAGUCCAAGAAAAAAUUAAUCAUCGUCACAUUUUAACGUUUAUGCUGACAAUUGGUUUUGCAAUUGGUGGUAUUGUUGAACAAAGCUCAUCAGUGGCUUUAUUGCCAAAUAAUAAAGCUCUAGUAUCAGCAGAAGAAUUUGCACAAUAUGUUGAAAAUACAAGUUAUAUUACAAGGCUGUGUAAUCCACCAGAAAAUGAUUCAAAUCCUGAUGUACAUGUUGUUUUAUCCAUUCCACAUAUCGAAAUUCCAUUAUCACUUAGCGAAGAAACUGAAUCAAUUUUGCGAGAAGCUUUUAUGUGGGGUUGUUUUAUAUCACCCUUAGGUGCUAGUCGAAUUGCUGUUCGUGUUGGUGCAGAACAAUUAUUUGGUUAUGCUAUAUUAGGUGUUGGCAUUUCUGCGGCAUUAGUUCCGGCUGCAUGGUUAACUUCUGCUCAUGUAGCUCUACGAAUAUUUCAAGGUAUAUGCAUUGGUGCUACUUGGCCAACUGCACAUAUGAUGGCUGCUUCAUGGAUUGAUCCAAAAUAUAUGGGCACAUUUGUAUCUUGUUACACAGCUGUUAAUUUAGGCUAUGCUAUUGUUGGAUAUUUGGGAACAUUUUUAGUUACAAAUUUUGGCAGGGACUCUGUAUGUUAUUUCAUUUGUCUUACUGUAUUUUUAUGGUUCUUUUUUUGGUGGCGAUUUGUGGAAGUUAGCUUAGCAUUUAAAACCCCUAACGAAAAAGUACGGAGUGCAAUACCCUGGCGUCAUUUUUUGGCAUCACCGGCAGUUUGGGCUUGUGGCUUAGUUGUUUUGGGUAGUCAAUGGGCUGAUGCUACAUUGAUGUUAGGAGUUUUGAAAUAUUUAAAACUUGUUUAUGGAUUUACUACUUCACAUAAUGAUGUUUUGUCUGCGGUUCCACACAUUGGUCAUUUCUUUGCUGCAAUUACAUUCGGAGUUAUUGUGGAUCAUAUUCGUGCAUCGGGUAUUGUUUCUACAACUACUGCCAGAAAAUUAUUGGUAUAUAUUGCUCAUUUUCUACCUGCUGCAUUAAUAUUUGUUUUGGGAUAUACUGGAUGUGAUCCCGCAGCACCAGCUGCAAUGUAUACAGCUGCUUUAACAUUAACUGCAGCUACACCAGCGGGAGCAUAUGCUAGUGCCAUAGAUUUAGCACCCGAAUAUGCAGGCACUACUUUUGGACUUUGUACCACCUUAGGAGCUGCUGGAUUAUUGGCCGCAAAUUAUGUUGUAAGAGAAGGUUUACAUGGAUCUUUUGCUGGUUGGUGGCGCCUUGUUUUUGGUAUAGCAUCUGCUGAAUUAUUUUUGACUGCUUGUGUGUUCUUAACAAUUGGUAAAGGAUGCGCAUUAAGUUGGAGUUCGCAUUAUGUUCCCAAACAAUUACCACCAGAACAACCACGAUUCUCCAUUGUAACUGUGCGUAGUUCUGAUACAGUUGGUGCAAGAACAAAUUCCCUUGAUUCUGACGAUGUGUUAUGUGCGCGACGUGGUUCACAUAACGUUAAUCAUCUACAAGAAACUCUCGAUAAUUCAAAACGUAUUAAUAUUUAAAACACAAAAACAUUUUUUAAAAAUUUCUUUAUUA